UUGUAGGAAGCGGUCCCUUGGCGUCGCUUCAAAGCUGCGGCUUUAACACGAAUUUCCGUGUAUUGUCCGAAUCGUGAUGAGGAAAAGGAAACGUGUGAUCUGGGGCUGAGUUCGAUAUAAAAAAGGCAGCGGUCUUGCCGAGCUGCUGUGUGUGACUGAGGCGCCCGGCAGCCCACAGCCAGCGACCCCGACCGGCUCCCCGAGCAAAUGUCAGCGGCAAUCGAGAGGAAAUCGCUGGAGAAUGCAGAAGAGCCAGUGGAUGAGGUUCUACAGAUGCCACCUUCGUUAUUAACAUGUGGGGGUUGUCAGCAGAAUAUUGGAGAUCGUUAUUUCCUGAAAGCCAUUGAUCAGUAUUGGCAUGAAGACUGUCUGAGCUGUGACCUGUGUGGCUGUAGACUGGGAGAAGUGGGUAGGAGACUGUACUACAAACUCGGUAGAAAGCUUUGCCGCAGGGAUUAUCUCAGGUUAUUUGGUCAAGAUGGACUUUGCUCCGCCUGUGACAAGCGAAUCAGAGCCUAUGAAAUGACAAUGCGAGUAAAGGAUAAGGUUUACCACCUGGAGUGUUUUAAAUGUGCUGCUUGUCAAAAGCAUUUCUGUGUGGGAGACAGAUACCUGCUCAUCAACUCAGACAUAGUCUGUGAACAGGAUAUUUAUGAAUGGACUAAACUGAAUGGAAUGAUCUAGAAUUACUCCAGACAUUCUGAAAUGCUGAGUUUUGUAAGCACUGUGUAUAUGUGAAUUCAUGAUUUUGUAAGAGACUGUAAAUGUUAAGAACUUGUACAGAUAUUUUAUUAAUACAAGCUGUGAAGGUAUACAUGAUUUACUGUGAGCUAUUAACUUCUACAGCUUCAUUAAAGAGAAUGAAAUUUAAUAUCUUCUUAGUUGUCAAAAAAAACCUACAUACUUAAAUUAAGAAUUUCUUAGUUUGUGUUUUGAUAGAAUUACUUAGUUCUAAACUUCAUUAUAGUCUUUCAAUACCAGACAUGGACACAAGGACUGAAAAUCCAAUGAGAACUCAGUACUUCCCCUGAUAAUAAACCAGCAUUCAAUGAGCUAUGACAUUGAAACAGAGGUCAACAUGGUCAAGGGGAACCCCUCUUCCUGCCAUCAACCACGGCACCCCCUACCCACCACAAAGUGGGCUGGUUAUGGUUGUUGGUGACCAAUUAAUAGAACCAAAUGAGUUCCUUGGAGCCUGCAUACUCAAGCUAGCAUGUGUGUAGCAGCUCUCCACCCCCCCUCCCCCCGUAAAAUUCUCCAGUACUACAAUCCACUGAGCUACCUGCACUCCUUCAAUUCUGAUUUGUUGUUCACUUCUUGUUUUCCAGUCAAUACACUACUGGCAGCUGGAACUUCAGCUGUCAAGACCGUAAGCUCUGGAAUUAUCUCCCUAAACAUUUCCAUCUCUCCAUAUCCCUUUCCUUCUUUAAAAUACUUAAUUAAAACUGAUCUCUUCAACAAAGCUUUUCAACAUCUACCUAAUAUCACCUUGAGUAAUGCGGCAUUACAUUUUGUUUAGUAACCCCCCUAAUAGGACACCAAUGCACAUUUUGAUCAUGUUAAAAGCACUAUAUGAGUUUUUGCUAUUAGUGUCAGGCAUUGAAAAUCAUGUGGCACUGUUUGAAGACUCCUAGAUUUCUUAAGCAGAGCCAGGUCCCUGCUGCCGAAGUUCAACAUUUUCAGAUAACCAACCUAUCCUAUUUAUGUCAGCUACGGUCAAUUGUGGUAUAACAGCAAGGAAUGUUAGGGGUGGUCUAGUGGUAUCUGUAUGGAGAGGGCUAAGAUCAGCAUUUUGGGUCCAUGAUCUUUCAUAAUAGCUAUUCACUGGCCUCUAGCAUUGGCACUGUUUCUGUCUCUAGAGAUGCCGCCUGGCUUGCUGAGUGUUUCUAGCACUUCCUGCUUUUGUUUUUCUUUUCAAUCCCUGGCCAGUUCUGCUGUAAGCCAGUUUUCUCUCUCCAAAAAUGCUACCUGAUCUGCUAGGCUUUCCCAGCAUUCUCCUUUAUUUCAGCUUUCCAGCAACUACUGCGUUCUGCAUCUCACUGAUCCUGCAUGUUUUUUUUCUAUCCUCUGUUCUCCUUCCAAUUACACCUUCAGAUGAAUUGGUGGCCAUUGACAUGUGCUCUCAAUUUACAUGAACUUUCUCUUGGUCCACACCCUAUCACAAAGAGUCUCUUUGUUCUCCUUGUCCCUUCUCCACAACUUAAAAAUAACUAAAUGAUUCCACUUCUCAUGACCAGUCAUCAACCUGAAAGUUAUGAAAACAGGAGAUGCUGUAAACACUCAGCAGGCCAUACAACAUGUAUGGAAAAACAAGCAGAAUUAAUGCUUCAGGUCAAAGACCCUUCAUCAGUACUGGGAAAGAGAGAAAACAAGUUGGUUUAAAGUGCAGAGAGUCUGGGGGAGGGAGAAGUAGGACAAAGAGAAGAUCCGCUAAGGUGAGACGAGACUUGUGGAGAUAAGCUGUAACCAAGGUCACUCAGUAGAUUAGACAACAUCUGGGGAGAUAUUUUUAAAAACUACAGUAAUGCAAUCUCAAUAUUCAAUGAUAGUUGCUUUUAUAACUAGUUAAUAUAGAGUCAAGGAUGGAAGCAUGGAUAAUCUCAAGUGUUGUAUUAAA